AUGAACAGGUUCGAAAAAUCCUUAUACGACCUCAUCCGAGGUCUGAGGAACCAUAAGGGAAACGAGAAGGAGUAUAUACAAAACUGCCUGAAAGAAUGCCGCUCCGAAAUUCGAAGCCAGGACUUAGAUCUCAAGGCUACUGCCUUGUUGAAGCUAGUUUACCUAGAAAUGUUCGGGCACGAUAUGUCAUGGGCGUCUUUCAACGUACUCGAGGUGAUGGCUUCUCCUAAAUACCACCAAAAACGAGUAGGAUAUCUUGGCGCAAUUCAGAGCUUCCGUCCUGAUACUGAGGUCCUCAUGCUGGCAACAAAUCUCCUCAAGAAGGAUUUGACGGCGGCAUCCACUACCACCAUCGCCCUUCCGAUUGUCACUCUUCCGCAUGUCAUUACGCCAUCACUCGCCCUAUCCGUUUUAUCUGAUCUCCUACCUCGACUUAGUCAUACCCACCCCGCGAUUCGCAAGAAGACGAUUGUCACGCUAUACAGGCUUGCCUUGGUUUAUCCUGAAACCCUACGGGCUGCUUGGCCGAAGAUAAAGGAGAGACUUAUGGAUAGGGCUGAAGACCCUAGCGUAACGGCUGCAAUUAUCAAUGUUAUAUGCGAACUGGGAUGGCGGCGGCCCCAUGAUUUUCUUCCUCUGGCACCCCGGCUGUUUGAGCUAUUGGUCGAUAGCGGUAACAACUGGAAUGGCAAUUAA